UAACAUUUGUGUCCCAGGAAGGGUGUUCAUACACUGUCUGAUGGGUGUGAGCCGCUCUGCAACACUAGUGUUGGCCUUUCUGAUGAUCGUUGAGGGCCUGCAUCUGCAGGAGGCGGUGGUUGCUGUAAGGCAGCACAGAGACAUCUGUCCCAACCCAGGCUUCCUAAUGCAGCUGCGUUGCCUCGACAUGAGUCUAGAGAGAGAGAGGAGAAGAAAAAGACAGGCCCAGGCAUUAGGUUAUUUAGCCGAGCAGGGCAAAACACCAUCCCUGUCAGAACUGAGGCAAAUACUGUGGACCAACAGGAAGCCUGUAGGGUCUAUAAAUGAAGUGUGGCCAAAACUCUAUGUUGGAGAUGAGUCUGUUGCUCGAGAUAAAGCCAGACUGUCAUCUCUGGGUGUGACUCACGUACUAAACGCUGCAGCAGGUCAACACCGGAUCAACACGGGUCAGAAGUUUUACACCGACAUUGAAGUGGUGUACCAUGGUGUUGAAGCUCCAGACCAUCCAGAGUUUAAUCUCCACCCUUUUUUCAACUCUGCUGCCCAGUUCAUAGACAGCGCUCUGAAGGAAAACGGGAUGUAUGCAUUUAUGUGGAAUAACAGAGGAAAGAUGACCUCCCGUGUGCUGAAAUCCAGAAGAAGUAAUCCAUAUGCAGCAGUUCAGGUGUACCAUGACAGUGACUACAUCACACCCGGAACAUUAGACCUGGAACAGCUUUUCUGGACCGGCACCACAGCUCAAUAUACACAUGUCAAUCAGGUCUGGCCAAGAAUUUACAUUGGGGAUGAGAAAACAGCUCUCGAGCGGCCUAGGCUCAGGGAUUUGGGUGUCACUCAUGUCCUGAAUGCAGCAGAAGGAAAGUGGAACAAUGUGCUGACUGGUGCUAAUUACUACAGCGACCUGAACAUGCAGUAUUUUGGUGUGGAAGCUGAUGACAAACCCACCUUCAACAUCUCCCAGUACUUCUUUGCUGCAGCAGAGUUCAUCCAUGAGGCCCUCAGCCACCCACAGAAUAAGGUGCUGGUUCACUGUGUGAUGGGCCGAAGCAGGUCAGCCACUCUGGUCUUGGCGUACCUGAUGAUGAAGAACAGCUUAACUGUAGUGGAAGCUAUUGAGCAUGUCCGGCAGCACCGCUGCAUCCUGCCUAAUCAUGGCUUCCUGAAACAGCUCAGAGCGCUGGAUAUCACGCUGCAAGAAGACAAGCUGAGACGGAGAAGAGACAUGGAAGACCAAGCAUGCAAAACAUCAACAUAAUAUACCUCUGUACUUCAUUUUCUAUGAUGUAACCUGUUUAAACAUAAAUAUAUAUAUUUUUAAUAAUUCUCAUGUACUUUUCUUCUUCCUUCACUGUGUUGCAGGUCCAAUGACAAGUUCAGAGAAAUAGUAAAUAAAAUUUACCAAAGGAUCAAAAAUAAAAGUUAAUACCAAGUAAAG